GUUUUCUUUGUGACAGAACAUGAAACAAGCAGGUUAGUAUGAUCAGUUCUAUUUAUACACUGUGACCACCACAGCUCACACACAUAACUAACAAAAUGGUAUAAGUUGAACAAAACACAGCAGCCUUUACUUAAAUCACACUACAGCUCUGAUGUGAAACACCAGGAAUUAACUUUACACAGUACAGUUAGAAAAAGCUUAAAUAACAAUUAUAUUUCACAUGUAACAACUAAUACAAGUUUAAACUUGCACUUACUGACAUGGGUUUGACCGGAAAAUGACAGUUACAUGUUGGCAUUAUAUUAAGACAUAAAGCAGUGGUGAAAGAAACACUCAGAACUUUAAAUAAGUAAAAGCAGAAAUACUACAGUGUAGAAAUACUUAUACUCUUAUGAGUUAAAGCUGCAGGCAGGUUGAGGAUCUGUUAGAAAAUAUACUGCUGUGUUAUACAGAGGUGAACAACAUGUGUGAAUGUAGUACUCAGAUCCUUUAGUCAAAGUAACUAAGUAAUAAUACUACAGAAUAGAGAGUAAAAGUAUUAUCAGCAGAAUGUACUGCAUGUAGAUAAAAUUGAGUGAACAUUGCACUUUUCACUGCACAUUUAUCUGACAACUUUAGUUCCUAGUUACUUUUCAGAUUCAGAUUGAUAACAUCAAAUAUAAUCAACAAAUAACCUUUGAGGUAUUUGUUGACCCUAUAAGGGCAUUUUGAAGUUUAUUAAUGUACAGUUUCUGUCAUCAUAUCAUAACUUCUCCUGUAAAGACAAAUUUUAUAUCAUUACACCUGUGAUAUUACUAAAUUACGACUGUAUAUAUAUUUGAAUGCAGGACUUUCACUUGUUACAGAGUAUUUCUACACCAUGGCUUUGCUAUUACGUAAAGUAAGUAAAUUAUUGGAGUACUUCUUCCAUCACUGGUAAAAAAGAAGAAUAUUUCCCUGCAAAAUUCAGUUAAAUGGAAGUCUGAAGUAGCAUGUAAAUGCAAAUAUAUAAGUACCUCUAGACUGCCUACCUAGUACAUGUAUCUAGAUAUAUCCCCCACUGAAAACUCAACAGCCUAUACAUUUAGUGAAUCCUGCGCUGUUGGAAGCAACCCAAAGGCACUGAAUAAUUUUAGGCUGUUCUAGAUCUAGAGGACAAUCUGACUUCAGUAAAGAUGUUUGAAUCUGCUAGUUAGUAAGACGUGUCUGUGUAGUGUUUAAAAUGACGUCAUCUGUUAAAAGCCAUAGAGAAGGUUGGUCGUUAAACACCGAGGCCUGGUAACAAGGAGUUCAACAGCAACUUAAAAUCUCUGACACAUAUAAGAAUAAUUAUCAUCCUUAUUGUUGUUGUUAUUAUGCAUCACAGUGUUAAUUGUCUUGGGACUGACAUCCACAGUCCGUUGAUCCACGUCACUGCUGGCUGCGACAAAACGUAGUGUAAGCCCUCAUUAAACAUCAGCUGAUGCUACACCUUUUCAGCACCGCGGACAGCUCCGUUCUGCAUACGGAGCAGAUGGAGACGGUUAUAAAAGCGCGUCUCUGCACCGGAGAUUCACAGCUGCAGCAUGGAUAACAGAGUAGGCUUCCCGCACAGAACCGCUCAAUAUGACUAUUUACAAUACAAACCGAUGCGUUCGGGAUUAGACACCAGCGUCGUGUUGAUGGGGACGUCCGCGGACAUGAAUCGGAGCAAUCCGUUAUCUGGAAAGUUUAAUGAGAAAGAAUUGAUGCAUGGCUUGAACGGUCGCCUCGCGGGAUUCAUAGAGAAGGUGCACCAGCUGGAGCGCCAGAAUCAUCUGCUGGAGAGAGAAAUAGAGGAGAUCAGGGGGAAAGCGAAACCCGCAUCUUGCUUGGAGGAGGAGUACGGACCCGAGCUCAUGAAUCUGAGACAAAUGGUUCAGGAUAUCACUCAUCAGAAGCAUCAGAUUGAAAUUGAGCAUCAGAAUUUAGAGGAAGAGCUAUCCAACUUGAGAAGACAGUACGAGCAGGAGGCGCGUAGCAGAUCAGAUGCCGAGGGCAGCAUCAUGGUCCUGAAGAAGGACAUCAGUGACGCCUAUCAGGCUAAACUACAGCUGGACAAGAAAGCGCAGUCUCUCGUGGAUGAAAUCCACUUCCUGAAGAAAAACCACGAGGCCGAGGUGUCAGAGAUGUCGGACCAAAUCGUGGGUCUGCAGGUGACCGUCAAGGCGCACGAAUUUGGCAACCCCGGCGUCACUGCGGCACUCCGGGACAUCAGGGCGCAGCUGGAAGGUCACGCUGUGACCGACGUCCAGCAGGUAGGAGAAACUUUCCGGGCUCAGUUUGCGAGAUUGACAGAGGCAGCUGAGUCCAAGAGAGAGGCUUUAAAAGCGACCCAGCAGGAGAUACAGGAGUACAGGAGACGACUGCAGGCCAAAAACAUCGAACUUGACUGCGCUAAAGGCACCAGGGAAGCGCUGGAGAAGCAGAUGCAUGAGGUCGAAGAUCGCCAUAAGGAGGAAAUUAUCCACUAUCAGAACACAAUCAAAGAACUUGAAAACGAGCUGAUAAAUUGCAAAUUUGAUAUGUCUGGUUACCUGCGGGAGUAUCAGGACCUAUUGAAUGUGAAGAUGGCUUUGGAUGUGGAGAUACUAUCUUACAGGAAACUUCUCUGUGGCGAAGAAGCUCGGCUAUCCACAGUGUCGGACACUCACAUAUCCUUGCCCUACAUCUACCACCAGUCCCCUGUCUACACCCUCCCCUGCCUCAGCCGGCCGGGCGGCCCACACAGGCGAGCGGAGCCCCAGUACAAGUUUGUAGAGGAGAUCAUAACGGAGACCACCAGGGAAAUUGAGAUGUCAGAAUUCGAGGAGACAGGAUCAGAGGAGACUGAUGUAGGAAAAGACGAGCAGGAGUGUACCAAAAGGGAUAGAGGGGGCAGUGAGGAGGAGACGAAUUAUAAAGACAGUGGAGAGGAUGAAAGUGAGCAGGUGUCUGAGAGUCAGCAGAAUCAAGUAGCAUCGGUAGGAGAUUCAGUGAGUGGAGGUGAUGAUGGGGAUCAAGGGAGUCCUGGUGGGACAGAUGAUGGUGAAAAAGAAGAAGAGUCAGAGGAGAGAGAAGCAGUUGAGACUGAAGGGGAUGGUGGCAUUGAUAAAAAUGCACAAAGCAAAGUUUUACUAAGUGAGAGCCUCGAUGAGGAAGAAAGUAAGGAACAUGAAAAAGUAUCUGAAAACAUGAAGGAAGGGAAAGAGGAUGCAGUGACAAAGGUAACAGUUAAGAAAGAUCUCUCCUCAAAACCAGAUGAUUUGAAACCAGAGGUCACUGUGGAGAAUGAAACAGCAAACGAUAAAAAAGAAGACGCUCAGAAAGAUAGUUUUAUCUCGGUUCAGGAGAAGAAGCCAGUUGAUGAGACCUUGGCCCAAGUUCCUAAAGAAUCAGAAAAAACUCAAGAGCUGAGCAGUGCUGCUCAAGAGCCAGAUAAGAAAACUGCAGAUAUUACAGAAGAGACAAAGAGGAUUCUUCCCAUAGAGACACAGGAGCCUUCAGAAAAGGCUCAAGAAACUUCAAGUACAACAAUCAAGGGUGAGGAAAAAAGCCAUACAGAGGGAAAGGAAAUCAAUGAAUCUGAAGCUGCAAAAGGUGAGGAUAAAGUAGCAAAGAGCACUCUAGAUGCUAGACAUGAUAGCAAUAAAGGGCAAGAUCAAGAGCCGUCUCUAAAAUCUGAUGUGAAAAGUCUUCCUGAAGUGAAGGAUCAGAAGCCAAUCAGUGGAGAGAAAACUAAAACAGACCAAACUAUGUUGCCAAAUGAAAAGACAACUACUAGUGCAGAAAUCAAAGAGACACAUCAGAAGGGACCGGAGAGCAGUCAGGCUCAGAAAUCAGAGCUGACUGAAGGUUUAGAGAAAACAAGAGAUCCUCAAGGUAAAACUGAGAAGGUAGAGAGCAGUAAGUCUGAGAAAUAAGGGGAAUGUGUACUAAAAGCCAACAAAGGGCAUAUCUGAGGUUGCAGAGGAUGCAAGGAUAAAGGAUGUUUCCAUCUUAAAUUUAGACAGCAGUUAAUAUGCAAAUAUCAGGGGUGGUGAAGCUGAAUAUAGACAAUGGCUUAACUAAUGCAGAUGCAAAUUCGAGGCAUAAGCUGAGCCAAGCAAAUAGGAGGAGAGCUCCUGUUACUGUAACUUCUCUAAAGAUGAAAAUUUAAAACAGAGAGAGCAUGAUUCUUCUGUUUGCGACAGAUUUGCUUUUGAACUUUAAAUCAACUUGGGAUGUAUUAAAACCUUUUGACUCACCACACAAAAGUAAUUAUGAAUGUAAACAAUGGAAAGUGAGUUCUGAAUUUGUGUCUAUCCGCUUUGGUUUAUGCUGACAAAUAAAUGCAAUAUCAAAAAAAGUUCCAUGAUUGUGAGUUAUUCCUUGUGUUUCUGCAAGGGAUAAGUCAACUGAUUUCUUGUUUCACUAUACUGUAAAGCUGUUAGAGGCUUACUUUCAGUUCUCUCGUAAUAAGCGAGAGAAGUGAAAGCAAGUACAGAACAGCUGCAGUGUUGUUGGUUUUCACAUGUGACUUCCUUUUACGUCACCCCAUCUCAGUGAAGUUUCAUUUUUAUUCAGAUGUCUAGAGAAAGAGGGUGGUAUGGAUGGAUUCAUAUUAGUCUUAUUUCCUCCAGUUUACUUCCUAGCUCUGUGUAUUGUCUCUUGUGAGGGUCUUUUGGUCUCUCUCCCAGUCAAGGACUGCAAGCCUGUUCAUUGUCCAGUGUUGCCUCUCAACUGCUUUUAGCCUGUUGAUGCUUGUUUAAAAAAAAAAAAAAAAAAAAGUGUGUCUUCAUUUGACUUUGUUUCUCCUAUAGCUUCCAUUUCCUUUUGGUCUUUUACUUGGAAAGUUUUAAGGUAUGUCAGAUAAGCUCCUAAACAUAACUCAUGAUCACUAUUAUAAUAAUUCCAUUAGCACACCUACUACUCACUCUGAUACAAGGCUCUAAAGGUCAACAUUAACCCAACAAGCUGGUUAAUGAGUUUUGCUAGUGACACUUUAAUAUCACAUUAAAAAUGCAUCUGUGGAGUUCAAAGACUUUAUUGAAAAGUUAUACAUACACAUAAGGACCUCCAAGACUUCCUGUGGGCUCUGUCUCUGCCCAGUACAGGGAAGCACUUUCCAAGAGUGCACGCGUGCAACUAAGUUACACCGUCUUCUGGAAAAUGAUAGUUUGGCAUUAUUGUGAACAUUAAUGACGUG